AUGAAGUACGUGAGCACGCGCGGCGGCGCGCCGCCGACGACGUUCGUCGACGCCCUGCUCACGGGCUCGCCGCUGGACGGCGGCGCGUACGUCCCGGAGCGCGUCCCGACGAUCGAUUUCAAAAAGAUUUUAAAUUCGAGCUACGAGACGCUGUGCGUGGAAAUCCUGUCGGUGUUUUGCGCGAAUGGCGAGGAGUUCACGAAGGAAACGCUGCGAGAGAUCGCGCACGAGGCGUGUAAGACGUUCGCGGACGACGCGAUCGCGCCGGUGAAGACGCUCGGGCGAAGAGGCGCGAGAGGAUGGGUGCACGCGUGCGAAUUGCAUCGCGGACCGACGCUGAGCGCGGAGGACGCGAGCAUGCAGAUGGCGGUGCGGAUGAUGGAUCGGGCGUUGAAACUACGUGGGAAGCGAGGAAAUGUGAUGUGCUCGACGACGGGGGAAGAGGGGGGGGCGUUCGCGCGCGUGGCGGCGGAGAUGAAGAAUAUGGACGCGUGGAUCGUGUACCCGGGCGACGACGGCGACGUGACCGAGCCUCAGGAACGAGAGAUGACGUGUCACGUGGAGGAUCACGUGCAUCCGGUUAAGGUGAGCGAAUGCCCGGAUGGAAUGAGCGAUGUGGACGCGGUCGUGAUCGAUGUGCUGAACGAUGAGGCGUUUCGGUUGGCGAACGGGAUGGUGAGCGCGAAUAGCGCCAACGUGGCGCGCGUGUUGUGCUUUGUGCCGUUAUUUUUUCACGCCUACGGACAAGUGCGCGCGAAGCGCGAAGAGUGGGGGAGACCCGUGGUGUUCAGUAUACCGAGCUCCACGUUCGCGCUGGAGUACGCCGGUCACCUGGCGCGUUUGAUGGGGUUGCCGAUCACCGUCGUCGCCGCGUGCAACGCCAACGGCGCGGCGCACCGCGCCAUCUCGCUCGGUGAAUUGUACAAGACUGAUAUGGUGCACACGUCGUCGAGCGCGUUGGAUGUCGUCGUGGCUGAAAACAUGUGGCGGUCGCUGUACUACGCCACUGGAUCAAAUCCGCUGAUUUUGAGCGAGCUGCAAGACGAUUUCGACGAAGACGGCGAAGUUGAAUUGCCACCGAAGAUGACGAGUGAGUUAAACGCCGUGUUCAAGAGCGCGGUCGUGAGCGACGAACUCAUGUAUAGCACGAUACAGCGCGAGGAGCGCAUGGGGUACUUACCCUGUCCUCAAACUGCGAUCGCGAUCGCGGCGCUGGAGUUGGUCGAGGACAUCGCCGAGGACGUUCCGUGUGUGGCGCUCGCGGUGUCGCAUCCGAGCAAGUUUCCGACCGUUAUCCGUCGCGCGGUGCCGCAACUGAGCAACGGAGCUUCACAUCCUACUGUGGAUGGUAUGAAGGGCUUGUUCCACCGCCGUCGCACGUGCUCGCUCGAAGAGCUCGAACGCUCGUUGCGCAGAGACAUCUCAGCGGUGACUUCGCUGCGCUCGCCCGCUCCGGUUAAGAUCGAGCGCGUCUUACUCGCGCGCGACGAGUACGAGAAGAUUUACAUGACCACCGUGAUCAAGCGCAAACGAUGGCGAGGUUUCGACAGUCCACUGUUCACCAUCGCCUGCGCCGUCGCGGUCGCCGCGUGGGCCGCCGUCACCACGCCGGAGACGAACCGGCAAACCGGGUCCGCGCGCGCCGCCGCGCGCGCCGCCGCCAAAGCGCGACGCGCCGCCGCCAAAGCGAGCGGCGAAAAAGCGCGAGCAUUAGCCAGGACUCAGCGCCAAGCCGCGCGCGACGCCGCCAAGCUCGCCAAAAUCCAAGCCGAGUCGGCGCGCGAAUCCGCGCGUCCUCGCGUCUACGCGCGCGACCGCCGCGCGGCGCGUCCACCCAACGAGCACUUCGCGCACCAACCCCAUAGAAACAUUUAUGCUUAA